GCGUGUGGAAGAGUAUUUCCUGCCCAGAAUGAUUCAGGAGGUAACAGGGCAGGACACAGUCCCAUUCGGUGACUGCGUGCUGUCCACGAAGGACACCUGCAUAGGAACUGAGAUGUGUGCAGAGCUGUGGAACCCUAGAAGUCCCCAUAUUCAGAUGGGUCUGGAUGGAGUUGAAAUCUUUACCAAUGCGUCUGCCAGCCACCACGAGCUGCGCAAAGCCGACCAAAGAGUCAACCUGAUCAAGUCAGCCACCACCAAGAGUGGAGGUAUCUAUCUGUAUGCCAACCAGAGGGGCUGCGAUGGAGACCGUGUUUACUACGAUGGCUGUGCCAUGGUGGCCAUCAAUGGAGACAUCGUGGCUCAGGGAGCACAGUUCUCACUGAGCGAUGUGGAGGUGAUUACUGCCACUCUUGACCUUGAGGAUGUGCGUAGCUACAGAGGAGAAGUGUGCCAGCCAAACAUGGAAAGUGAACCUAAACCUUGCCACAGGGUCAAGGUUGACUUCUCAUUAUCCAGUGGUGACGAUAUCUACCUUCCCACACACCAACCGAUAACAUGGAACUUUCACACACCAGAGGAGGAGAUCAGUCUAGGGCCGGCCUGCUGGCUGUGGGACUACCUGAGGAGGAGUGGACAGGCUGGCUUCCUGUUGCCUCUGAGUGGAGGUGUGGACAGCUCCUCCACCGCCUGCAUCGUGUACUCCAUGUGUGUGCUGAUCUGCCAGGCCAUACAGGACGGCAGUGAGUCAUUUGCCUUCCCUUCACUGUAGUGUACACCUUCUCAUUCUCUCAAUGCAACUAUUGACACACAUCAUUCGGUAAUUCUAUUCUAUGUAUGCAGUGACCGAUUUAAAGAUAUGAAAACCAUUUUACAAAAGCACACACAUACAGGAUAGGUGCGGGACAGAAGAAGACAGAACAAAUAAACCCUGCAAAUUAGAUUAUGCUUAGAUUAUCUGUCAAUAAACCACCACUGUCUUUAAAAUAUGAAAAUAGGCCAAGCAGCAUCUUAACGACAUAUCUUAACCCUUUGGAGUCGACCGUCACGCCGGCGUGAUCAGAUCACAUGACCUGUUCAAGCCUGUGCCUCAUAAAAACAGUCCGGACAACAUUGUCGUGUGUUUCCGCGAAAGUACUGGCUUGAAACUAUAUGCCAGUCUUUGUUUCAUGCAAAAAGACCCAGUAAA